AUGAUGUAUCAAAAAUGAUAGAUUAAUUUAGUCAAAUGCCAGAAUCAUAAAUGGGUUCAUUAAGAAUGUAACCCUCCCAAUUAAGAAUAGAAAUGACAGAUGAUCAAUAACUUUCCACAAGAAGGAGGAAUUUCAUGUCUCCUACUGCUUUGCCAUUAUUUCGAGAAUUGUAAAUAAAUAAGUUUCUUAUAUCAGAUAAUAAUAAACAACUAGACAACAUCUCUAAUAACCUAUUGCUCCUUUAACUAUGAAAGUAAUAAUGUAAAUCUAAUAAAUUAGUCAAUGUCUAGCCAAUCUUAAAUUACUAAAUCCUUGUUAUUUAAUUUAUUUUUGUAAGGUUUCUUUAUCAAUUAUUAUGGAUAUAUCUUUUGGUAAUAUAGUUUUCGAUAUGUUUUACUUUAAUUAUGGAUCUAAGAUUUAUUAACUAUGUUCAUAUUGAUAUAUUUUAAUUAUCGAAAAGGAGAAGAAUGUAUUUGGUAACUCAUUGAAACCAUGUUUCUAUUUUUCUUAAAAGUAAUUUAUUAUUAUUAAUAUAGGUUUUUGUAGUAUUUUAUUAUGAAAUACAAAAAUUCAAAAUUUACUUUAUUACAAUAAUGAUGAUUUCACUUUCAAUUCUAGUUUUGUUUAUGAGAGUUGUACAAAAAUUGAAAUUUUAAUUAUAGAACAAUCAAUAAAUUGUAAAUAAUAGAUUAAUAAAAAGAUUUUUUAAUUCAUAAAAACUUUAUUAUGCGUUUAAAUAACACUUAUUGCUUUGAAAUGGGAGGAGAGAAUCGAGUGGGUUUGGUCCUAAAUCUUUAUAAUAUUGUGGGUGUUUUUGGUGGUCUUUGCAUUAUUAUUAUUUAUAUCUUUUAUAGGAUGUAUUGAGACUAUUAUAAAUCUUCUAAAAAAGCAAACUAAUCAAAAUUAUUGUAUUUCUAAUAUCUAUUAUAGUAAUAGGAAACAUAUGGAUUUUUAUCAAUAUCAUAGGUUACACUUUGUUACCAUUCACAUUUUUGUAUAAAUUGACUCAAUUGUAUGAUAAUUAGGAAACCUUUGGAGAAGAUGAAACUAUUUAAUUAAUUGUAUUAAAUGGAAUUUACAUGUUGUUAUUAACUAUUUAUACUACUUUUUUUGUAAACAAUAUAAGGUAACUAAUUAUGACAUUCAACUUAAUAGAACAUUUUUGAAAGAGCUUUAAGGAUUUGAAUAAUAUUCUAUAGGAAUUCCUCAACAACCAAUUUAAAUUUAAUAAGAAUUAGAAUAAAGAAUUGAUAAUAUACCUGAUUCUACUGAGACUUUAUCCAAAAAAAAAAGAAAAUAACCUUUUAGAUUUGUCAAAUUAAAUGCCCCAUUAUAUUUAAUUAAAAUGUCUUGCACAUUUUUUGCUAUUUUUGAUAAAAUAAAUUUUGAUUAGAAUAAUGUUAAGUAAACUGAAUAAUUUUCUUAAAGAGCAUUAGGAUAGGAAUCAUAAAAUAGAAUGGAAUUUUAAAAAGAAAUUAAAGCAAAUAGCAAUUCAAUAGAUUAUAAGAUUAAUAAUUUAGAAAUAAAAGAAUAAUAAAUAGAAAAUAUUGAUGAAUUAGUUAAGGAAAAUGUAAAAUCUAAAAAAAUUUUAUAAGAAUAAGAAAAAUCAAAUAAAUCUUAAAACUCUAUUAAUGGAGAUUAGUAAUCAAUUUAGGAUAAAUGCUUGAUUUGUUAUGAAAAUUAACCCAAUAUAUUAUUUAUUCAAUGUAGACAUGGUGGAAUAUGUGAAAAAUGUGCUGAAAAUAUUGUACUUAAAUCAAAUUAAUGUUAUUUGUGUAGAAAUGUAUUUAUUCCUUUUCAUUUAGAAUAUAAAACAAAUUUUAAGAAUAAAUACAGAGGCGGGUUAAUUAGUUGUUAAUGAGAUUAGUAACAUAAAGUAAAAUAGACAAAUAUAAGAAUGA